GGCGCAGUGGACAACCUAAAUAUUUGUGAGUAGCGCGCAGCUGCGCCAGUAAUAAAACAGAAACGUCUGUCAGUAAUGCUGGGGCGAAAUAUUUUCCAUUUAUAAAUCAGGAUGGCCUCAUUUGGCUGGAAACGUAAGGUGGGGGAGAGAGUUUCUAAGGCGACCGUGCAGCAGUUUGAGCAGGACACGGAGCAGGUAGUUGAUGAUGAUGUGGAGAAGUGGGGAGUUGAUUGGCUGCAUGUGAUCAAACGGCGGCGAGAGGUGCUUCUGGAGGAUUGUGUUGCUAAGAGCAAGAGACUCAAGGAUGAGGGCAUACUACUCGCCGAGCAGGGCAGGAACUGGGAGGCAUUAAAGAGAUGGGACGAGGCCCUUCAGCUUACACCAGACGAUGCUGUGUUAUAUGAAAUGAAGUCACAGGUGUUGGUCAUCCUUCAAGAAGUGUUCUUGGCUGUGCAGUCUGCGGAGAUGGCGACCGGACUCCGCCCCCUCUGGUGGGAGGCGUGGCAAACUCUCGGUCGCGCCCAACUAAGUCUUGGUGAAGUGGAGCUUGCUGUGCGGUCCUUUCAAGUUGCAGUGCAUCUUUAUCCAUCCCAGUGUGCCCUCUGGGAAGAGGACUUAAACUGGGCUUUACAGCUCCAGAAGCAGAAACAAGCCAUCCGCCAAAGAGCCACAAAGGAAGAUGAAGCCCGGCAGCUCUUUGUGGAAGCUCCUGAGCUGAAGAGUGAUUAUGAUUUUGAGAGUGAUGAAGUAAUUGAGGCCUGCUCAUCCAUGGCUGAGAGACAGAAACAGUUUGAGGAUUUAAAGAAAAUGGCAAUUGUUGUGAAUGCACAGGGAGUGGCCAAGGAGGUGGUUGUCGAAGAUGACAAAAGACCCACUUCCUCAUCACAAAGUGUUUUGGUGAAGGCACGAGGACUCUGAGAGAAAUUAUAUGUUUUUGUCUCUUCUGUGUAUAUUGUUUAGAGUAUGUAAAUACUGUUGAUUUGAUCCUCAAACGUUCUGAUUGGCUUUCUUGUAGUGUAUAAUGCAUUUAAAGUUGCCAGUGAAUUUGUGGUGUGCUGUUUUUUGUUUUUAAGUAGGAUUUUCUUUUUUUUUCUUUUUUUUUUGCAGAAGAAGAUAAUAAUGGAAAAAGUGUUUUAGUAAAUUUUAUUUAGUUCCCAUAGUGUACUGCAGGAUCAAAUUUUGUCAUAACAGCUCAAAGAACUAGUAAGCAGCCAUUAAUUUGGUUCAAAUGGAGAGUUUAUGUCCCUCUUCUAUGUGUAUUGUUUAGCGUUAUUGUGUUUUGAUUGAUACUCCAGGUUUCUGAUUAGCUUUAGUGUACUGUGUAAAACAGUUACUGUUGUUGGUGAGCUUGUAUUGUGUGUACCAGAUACUCAGAGAAAUUAAA